CGCAGCUCUCUUUAGUCCCAUUACUUGCUUCUUCAUCUUUUUCCACUUGACAGAAACCGUAGCCACCACUUUCCUCCGCCUGUUGUUGCUGUCUCGAAGGCCAUGGCGGACCAACUGACGAAGGUCUGCCGUAGCUUGCUGUCGGAUAUCAUACGCGAGAUUCUUUCGCGGUUACCUGUCAAGUCUUUAUGCCGCUUUAGGUGUGUAUCAAAGUCCUGGCUUUCGCUAAUCUUAGAUCCCCAAUUUGUGAAGAUGCAUUUCAACAAAGCCAUUGAGAAUGAGGAUCUGUUUUACCAAAGAAGAAAACUGUUAUUCACUGAUGGAAAAGGUGAUUCACUUUGCUCCUUCGACCUCGAUGAGUUUCUUAAUCAUUAUCAUGACCAUCCAUUUCUGAAUGGUCUUGGUAACUGUAACAAUGGUGAUUUUAUUGGUGAUGAUUAUGAUGGUGAUCUAGUUGUCACUAGACUCAAACUGCCCGGUUGUGUUGGGUUCUCUAAAUAUCUCAGUGAGAGUUGUGGCCUAGUGUUAUUUACGUUGGGUUGGGAGUUAUAUGUGGCUAACCCAGCCAUAGGGAAAUAUAAGAAACUGCCAGCUCCAACUGCAGAGUUGGGUCCUGGACCCUUCAUCUGUUACCAAUUUGGGUUCGGUUUUGAUCACACAACUGAUGAUUUCAAAGUGAUUAAUUCGAGGUCCACGGAAGACGGAGUGGAGUUUAUUGUCUAUGCAUUCAAAACUGGUUCUUGGCGACAAAUUCAAAGGCGGUUUCCCUACAAAACUCUUCGUCCUGGUGCUGGGAUCCUGCUUAAUGGUGGACUUCAUUGGUUGAUGAGGAGAGUGGAAGAUAACUCACGGGUGAUUGUAUCUCUCUCUUUAGCAGAAGAGGAGGUUCGGGAAAUUCCACUGCCGAUUGAUUUAGGUGUGGGAGUCCAGGAUGCACCGGAAUUGGGACUUUUCUUCAAAGACAGCCUCUGUAUAGCUCAUACAUUUAAUACUGAAAUGGUACAUGAAAUUGCAUUGACAAGCUAUAAUGAGUUUUGGGUUAUGAAGGAAUAUGGGGUGGUGGAGUCUUGGACUAAAAUAAAAUUCCUCCUUGACUUCGAAUCUUCUAUUUCUUCUUUAUUGCCCAACGGUUACUGGAGGGAAAAUCAUGUUAUCUUCUGGUCCGGGGUAAGUGAAAUGUUGGGAAUGUACAAUUUCAAUGAUUUUAGCUGUAAAGGUCUAUUGAUUCCUGGAUAUCCUAUAGUUAUUGGGGCUGGUUUCUACAUGGAGAGCCUUGUUUCCCUGGAUGAUCAUUGCGAUUUUAAUGAGCAUAUCCAGCAUGAGAGGAAUCUUAGUUGAAUACUGGAGGAGUUGUGUAAGGCUGCUGUUAACCUUUCCAGAUUGGGUCAGAUUUAUGAUGAUCUAGGAGUGCUUCUUGAUGCUCUGCCCAAUGUUCGAAUUAUGCACACAAGAAGGGAAGCCAACAUUGUAGCUCACUUGAUGGCUGC